AUGCUUCGCCUGGCCUCCAGCAAGACCCCCCUCGCACAGAUCGCCACUCGCCAUGUGCGCACUCUCCGUGCCCCUGCCUUCACCUCCAUGCCCAGACUCUACUCUACUGCCACUGAGGAGUUGGACUUGCUCGUCAUCGGAGGAGGCCCUGGAGGAUAUGUCGCUGCCAUCAAGGCUGCCCAGCUCGGUCUCAAGACUGCCUGUGUUGAGAAGCGCGGCGCUCUCGGCGGUACCUGCUUGAACGUCGGAUGCAUUCCCUCCAAGGCCAUGUUGAACAACUCUCACAUCUACCACCAGACCCAGCACGACCUCAAGGCGCGCGUCGGCAGCGUUGCAUUGAACCUCCCCGUCAUGUUGAAGGCAAAGGCGACCGCCGUCACUGGCUUGACCAAAGGUAUCGAGGGCUUGUUCAAGAAGAACAAGGUCGCCUACCACAAGGGAACUGGAAAGUUCCUGAACGCCAACGAGAUCGAGGUCACCGGCAACGAUGGCACCGUCUCGACCUUGAAGGCCAAGAACAUUUUGAUCGCCACUGGAUCCGUCCCCUCGGGCUUCCCAGGAAUUGAGAUUGAUGAGAAGAAGAUUGUCACUUCGACCGGUGCUUUGGAUCUCCAGGAGGUCCCUAAGAAGAUGGUCGUCAUUGGUGCUGGCGUCAUUGGCCUCGAGUUGGGAUCUGUCUGGCAGCGUCUCGGAGCCGAGGUCACCGUUGUUGAGUACCUCGGCGCCGUCGGCGCCGGCAUGGACAGUGACAUGGCUAAGGCUUUCCACCGCACUCUCUCCAAGCAGGGCUUCAAGUUCAAGUUGAGCACCAAGGUUAUCGGAACCGAGCAGCUUGCUGACGGCCGUGUCGGUGUCAAAGUCGAGGCUGCCAAGGGUGGCAAUGCCGAGACUUUGGAGGCUGAUGUUGUCUUGGUUUCGAUCGGUCGCAAGCCCUACACUGAGGGCCUCGGACUCGAGAACGUCGGCAUCCAGGUCGAUGAGCGUGGACGUAUCCCCAUCGACUCGGAGUUCCGUACCUCUGUUCCCAACAUUCGCUGCAUUGGAGAUGUCACCUACGGAGCCAUGUUGGCACACAAGGCUGAAGAGGAGGGUAUUGCCGCUGUCGAGUACAUUAACGGAGGCCACGGCCACGUCAACUACGACGUUAUCCCCUCGGUCAUCUACACUCAUCCCGAGGUCGCCUGGUGCGGAAAGUCUGAGGAUGAGGUUAAGAAGUCUGGCGUCGCCUAUAACAUCGGCACCUUCCCCUUUGCCGCCAACUCCCGCGCCCGCACCAACGCUGAUUUUGAGGGUAUGGUCAAGAUGAUCUCCGACAAGGAGACUGACCGUAUUCUCGGAAUCCACAUCAUGGGACCCAACGCCGGAGAGAUGAUUGCUGAGGGUGUCUUGGCCAUGGAGUAUGGCGCAUCGUCCGAGGAUAUUGCCCGCACUUGCCACGCCCACCCUACCCUCUCUGAGGCUUUCAAGGAGGCUGCCAUGGCCACCCAUGACAAGCCCAUCCACUUUUAA